CUUCAGGGAUCGGUAGCCCUGACCUUAAAGUGCAGUUAACACUCCCAGGAAUUGGCCUGCCACUGUUAAGAAGAAAUGAAGUCGCUCCUCGACCUUAGAAGUAUAUGGGGGGGGGGGGGGUGUCACUUCCCAGAGGCCUCGCGACGCUGCUUGACCCCUUCUCCGAGACUUUCUGGGGUUCGGCAACCCCUGCCCUUGGGACUACAUUACCCUGAAAACUCUGCUUUGAAGGGCAGGGGCAAUAACCCAAUGAAAGUCCAGAAAAGGGACACUUCCGGCAGGGCGUAGCACCUUGAGGCGGGGCUUCCGCCUUUUCCGUGGCGGUCGUUUUAGCGGUUCUGGGGUCUCCGGGCUCGGUCGGAAGGUGCAGAACACCGGCUUGGGACCCAGGCGACCGACACAGGAGGCACGAGAGGAGGCUUCGUCCUCGCUGUACGGAGGCUGGUCUGGGGUCGGGGACUUCGCUGCCUGCGAGCCCGGCCUGGACAUUGCGGAGCCCGUGACCGUCCGGGUCGCUCAGCUGUCAUCUCUUCACUUCGCCCACAGAGUCGGAUGGCGGCGGCCGCGCGCAGGGACCCGGCUGAGGUUUCCGUGGUUGCAGAAGUGCUUUGGGAGCCUCCACAGGGAAGUGUUACUUUUGAGGACGUGGCCCUAUAUUUCUCCUGGGAGGAGUGGGAUCUCCUGGAUGAGGAUCAGAGAUGCCUGUACCACGAUGUGAUGCUGGAGAACUUUGCGCUCACAUCCUCACUAGGUUGUGGGCACGGAGUGGACGAUGAGGAUGUACCUUUGGAAGAGAGCAUUUCUGUAGGAGUGUCACAGAUCAGGACUCUUGAGGCAGAUUCAUCUCCCCAGAAGGCCCAGCCCUUUGAGAUGCACGGUCCGAUCUUGAGAAACAUUCUGCGCUUGGCUGAGCACCAGGAAACUUAUCCUGGGGAAAAACCAUAUACAUGUGGGAAACAAUUCUGUUUAGCUGCCAACCUUCAACAGUACGAGGGGCAGCACACUAGAGAGGUUCCCUUCAGAAGUUAUGUGGACAGAACCUCGUUUAUAAAGAGCUGUACAGUCCAUAUGUCAGAGAAGCCCCUUACCUGUGAGGAGACAGGGAAGGACUUCUUAACCAGAAUGGGAUUUCUCCAACAACAGGUCACUCACACUGGGGAGAAGCUGAACAAUGAGUGCGAGGCUAUCUCUCACAAUGGAAGAAGUCGUCACCACUGUGGAGAAUGCAAGAAAGCCUUCAGCUGCACAGACACACUUGCUCAGGAUCAGAGAGUCCUCACUAGAGAAGGGCUUUAUGAAUGUGGCAAAUGUGGAAAAGCCUGUACCCGAAGAUGUAAUCUCAUCCAGCACCAGAAAGUCCACACUGGAGAAAGACCUUAUGAAUGCAGUGAAUGUGGGAAAUUCUUUACCUACUACUCCAGUUUCAUUAUACAUCGGAGGGUUCACACCGGAGAAAGGCCCUAUGAGUGCAGUGAAUGUGGGAAAUCCUUUAGCCAAAGCUACAGCCUCAAUAGCCAUAGGAAAGUUCACACUGGAGAGAAACCUUAUGAGUGCAGGGAAUGUGGAAAAUCCUUCAGUCAAAGGUCCAACCUCAUUCAACAUCAGAGAGUUCACACUGGAGAAAGGCCUUAUGAGUGCAGUGAAUGUGGGAAGUCCUUUAGCCAAAACUUCAGUCUCAUUUACCACAGGAGAGUUCACACUGGAGAAAGGCCUCAUCAGUGUGGCGAAUGUGGGAAAUCCUUUAGCCGAAGCUCCAGCCUCAUUCACCACAGAAGACUUCACACUGGAGAAAGGCCUUAUGAGUGCACUAAAUGUGGGAAAUCCUUUAAGCAAAGUUCCAGCUUCAGUUCACAUCGGAAAGUCCACACGGGAGAAAGGCCUUAUGAGUGUGGGGAAUGUGGAAAAUCUUUUAGCCAUAGCUCCAACCUCAAGAACCACUGGAGAGUUCACACUGGAGAAAGGCCUAUUGAGUGCAGUGAAUGUGGAAAGUCCUUUAGCUGUAAAUCUAACCUUGUCAAACACCUGAGAGUUCACACUGGAGAAAGGCCUUAUGAGUGUGGGGAAUGCGGAAAAUCCUUUAGCCAAAGCUCCAGCCUCGUUCAACACCGGAGAGUUCACACUGGCAAGAGGCCUACUGAGUGCAGGGAAUGUGGGAAAUCCUUUAGCUCCAAAUCUGACUUCAUUCAACACCAGAGAUUCCAUACUAGAGAAAGGCCUUAGGUGUACAGGGACAUGUGGUUUCCUUUUAGAUAAUUACACUGGCGGAGGGAAGUUGUGAAGAAGCCAUCUGGCAAAUUUAAGCCUAUAUGUCUGAAAGUUCAUAGUGGGGAGCUCUAAGUAUGUGAGAAUCUAUAAGGAGCUGUGUUACACUUUCUAACCUGUCCAGGGCUUUUGCCACAUUUAUGUCACUGCCGGUUUCUGCGGGAGAGUUUUGUCCUCUCUACCACUCAGCAGGUUCACACAGGGUGCAUCAGUUACCACCACAGUGUGCUCAGGGAAGCUCCCCCCUUUGCUGGAGGAAAUCAUGAUUAGUCUUAGCCCUUAUAGGGUCUUCAUUCUCUUCUCUUGUAGAAGUUAGGGCACGGCCCUGACCCAGUUUGGGCCCAGUGGACCCAAUCUGAGUUCUGCCAGUAACUUGCCGAGAAGGACUGCAUUUUCAAUGCGUUAGUUUUGUGUGACACUCACCUUGGAUUUUCCUAUCUUCCAAGUCACCAACCUGGGAAUUCCCUGUCUCAUACUGCUUUGAAUUUUGCAAUAAUGAAGACAUUAUUGCUGGGGCGCCUGGGUGGCUCAGUUGGUUAAGCGUCCGACUUCGACUCAGGUCAUGAUCUCGCGGUUUGUGAGUUCGAGCCCCACAUCAGGCUCUGUGCUGACAGUUCAGAGCCUGGAGCCUGCUUCGGAUUCUGUGUCUCCCUCUCUCUCUGCCCCUCUCCUGCUCAUGCUCUGUCUCUCUUAUGUCUCAAAACUAAAUAAAACAUUAAAAAAAAAAAAAAGACACUAUUGCUUAAGCCACCUUUGAUCUUGGGGUUCUAUGCACUGCAUGAGGUGAUUUGAAACACCUGGGCUCUGCCAGCAUUAAGGAGUGAACUGCUUUCGUGGGGUUCCCAGUACUUUGUGUGCCUCAGAGAUGACAGUUUGAUGAAAGAACAUAGCUCUCUUUCCAGCUUUGGCCUAAUUUAUGCUGUUGCCCAAGGUCUCCUAGGAAAGACUGCAGGGCCUUGUCUUAAUUUGGGGACUGGGUAUCGGGAUUUUUUGGUGGGCUCAGAACACUGAAGAGUCAGGAAGUUCACAGCAUCCAGUGCUUCUGAAAACAACAUGAAUUGUUUUUCUUUUUCACGGUGGAUGUCCCAUAAUGCUCAGUGUUGAUGGAAUUCUCUGCCCCAGUCCUACAAAGGAGCCAUGUGCCCUGAUACCCAGAAUUCACUAGGCUAGUGUCAUGAUAAGAAUACAGGGCCCUGGGGCAACUGUAAUUGGUAUAGAAACACUGCAUUGGAGGGGACUGCAGCUAAGUAGACAGGACGUGCCUCUUCUAAAAUUGUAUCAGAAUGCUCCGAUGACUGUGAAUCUGCAGUGUUAGUGUGCACAAAUCCUCAGGACCUCCAGGUACAUGCAUCUUUGCAGCUGAGGUCUUUGUCAAAGAAAAGCUAUUGGUUUUGUGGAUUCCCAUAGGCGUUCUGGUACGUUCACCUGAAGGCCAUUUCUACGCAGAUAGGAAAAUAGGCAUACAGAGAAAGGAGAUCCCUUAAUCUGUUGUUGUGGCUCAGUGACUGAGCCAGCAUUCUUGUUGACUCAGGUGGAAUAGAUUUAACUGCUCAUAAAUAUUUGCUACCACUAAAGGCAAGUCUGCUUUUCCAAGGUCAUCAGGCAAGAGAUAGAGUCAACAUAGGGCCGCCAAACCUAAUUUUAUGAAAAAAGUGGAAGAUCUAAGGGUGUUUUUUUUUUUUUUUCAACUCUUUUGUAGAACUUUAUUCAGGUAUAGUUGACAUGCAAUAUAUUGCACCUAUUUGAGGUGUACAGUUAAGUUUUGACAUACGCAUAAACCCACAGAACCUCAUCAUAAUCAUAAUGAACAUGUCCAUCAACCCUAAUGUACCUCAUGUUUCUGAUCUGUCUUUCCCCUGUCCAGGCAACCACUGACUUCCCUUCAUUUAUAAUAAAUUAGUUUGUAUUUUCUAGGAUUUUCUAUUAUCUGAGUCAUAAAAUGUUUUUUUUUUCUUGUUUGAUU